AUGACGGUCAUUUGGCAACUGGGAGCUCUCCUUUCCUUGCUCAGCCUUGCUUCUGCCGAGACUGGGCACGCCGCUUGGCUGCGCUACGCACCACUCCCGGCAUCGGUUGCUAGACAAUAUUCCGCGCCUUCGACGGUUGUUGCUCUGAAUAUUUCAGAGGUUGAUCCUGUGUACACAGCAGGUCAGGAGUUGCAAAAGGGCAUCCAAGGCAUAUUCGGUGGGAAGGUCACCGUCGCGAACACGAAUAUCAGUUUGUCAUCUCCAGCCAUAAUAGUCAGCACGUUGGGUCAGUAUGUCAAGGCCUAUGGUAGUGAGACUGCGGGCCACGUUCCAGAGUUGACAGAUGAUGCAUUCUGGCUUGACACGACUGGCGAUACCGUGCAAAUCCUUGGCCAAAAUGGACGUGCUGCACUUUAUGGUGCCUUCGAAUACCUCUCUCUCAUUGCUCAAGGCAAUUUCUCAAAGGUGGCUUAUGCGACCGCGCCUGAUGCACCCAUUCGAUGGGUCAACCAGUGGGACAAUAUGGAUGGACACAUUGAGCGUGGUUAUGGCGGUGACUCAAUCGUGUUCUCCAAUGGAACCAUCAAGAACGACUUGCAGCGUGUAAUUGACUACGGGCGACUGUUGGCUUCCAUCCGUAUCAACGGAAUCAUCAUCAACAAUGUAAAUGCUAAUGCCACGCUCCUCAAUCCAAAAGGAGUCGAUGGCAUUGGGAGAGUCGCAGAUGCUCUCAGGCCAUACGGAAUUCAGGUCGGAAUCUCUCUCAAUUUCGCUUCACCAAGUGCGAAUCUAGUCUACGGGAAUCUAACAACGUUUGAUCCACUGAACCAGACAGUCAUCGACUGGUGGACCAACGUGACCGAUACGAUUUACGAUCGCGUACCGGACUUUGCGGGCUACUUGGUCAAAGCCAACUCAGAAGGCCAACCGGGGCCCCUUACCUACAAUCGUACACUUGCAGAGGGGGCCAACAUGUUCGCAUCGGCACUCAAACCACACGGUGGAAUCCUCAUGUUCCGAGCAUUCGUCUAUGAUAACCAUAUCAACGAGACAAAUUGGAAAGCUGACCGGGCAAAUGCUGCUGUCGACUUCUUCAGAGAUCUGGAUGGCGUGUUCGAUGACAAUGUGGUGGUCCAGGUCAAGUAUGGCCCCAUUGAUUUUCAAGUCCGCGAACCGCCAUCACCCUUAUUUGCUCAUCUUCGCCAGACUGGUGCGGCAAUUGAGCUCCAGAUUACUCAGGAAUAUCUUGGACAGCAGUGUCACCUUUUCUAUCUCCCACCUUUGUGGCAUUCGAUCCUAGAUUUCGACCUUAGAUCCGACAACAAAUCAACAUUGGUGAGCGAUGUGGUCUCUGGCAAGCGCUUUAAUAGGACUCUUGGCGGAUAUGCUGGUGUGGUGAAUGUUGGAGUCAAUGAUACAUGGCUAGGCAGCCAUCUCUCGAUGUCGAAUCUCUAUGCAUUCGGUCGACUCGCUUGGGACCCACACGGAGAUUCGGAAACGAUCUUGCAAGAUUGGACUCGGCUUACCUUCAGCUCGGACCCUGCUGUCAUUGAGACAAUCACUGACUUAUCUCUUGAGUCGUGGCCGACUUAUGAGAGUUACACUGGCAAUCUUGGAAUUCAGACCCUGACCGACAUUCUGUACACGCACUUCGGCCCGAAUCCAGCCUCUCAGGACAAUAACGGGUGGGGACAGUGGACGCGUGCCGAUGCUGACUCGAUAGGUAUGGACCGUACCGUAUCUAAUGGCACAGGAUUUUCAGGCCAGUAUCCGCCUGAAGUUGCAGAAGUGUUCGAGGACAUCUCAACUACUCCGGACAACCUCUUGCUCUGGUUCCACCAUGUCAAUUACACGACAAAGCUCAAGUCUUCUGGGAAGACCGUAAUCCAGCACUUCUACGAUGCUCACUACGCAGGCGCAGAGAAUGCACAGACAUUCGCCACAAGGUGGGAACGACUGAAGGGCAAGAUCGAUGACCAGCGAUAUAAUGAAACACUCUUCCGUCUGAGAUAUCAAGCCGGCCAUUCCAUCGUGUGGCGCGACGCCAUCAACGAAUUCUAUCACAAUAUGUCUGGUAUCGCCGAUGAAGCGAAGCGAGUGGGUAGCCACCCUUGGCGAAUUGAAGCAGAAAGCUUCGAUCUUGAUGGAUACGACGUGUAUCAGGUACAUCCAUUCCACACAGCAUCAAACUUUACCGGCAUCGUGACCUCUUCAAACACAACCGCUGGGACCGCCACGACCACCGUUCCCUUCGAAUCUGGCACUUACGAUAUCGCCGUUGGAUAUUGGGAUAUGUUCAACGGGACAUCAAAGUGGGUGUUGAGUCUGAAUAACAAAACCAUUGGAUCGUGGCUCGGUGACAAUGAGAAAUACCUUGGGCAUGAGCCUUCACGGUAUCUUGACGGCCAUUCUGCAACCAGGGUGACAUUCCACAACAUCACCGUCGAAAAGGGAGACACGGUCAAAAUCGUAGGAACUCCUGGAGGCAUAGAACCUGCUCCAUUGGACUAUGUUGCUUUCCUACCUGAAGGAGUCAUUGAUUAG